UGUUUCUUGUGACUGUCCUGGGCACUGCUUCUAAAGUUCCUGCCAGGGAUAGGCCAGUUCCAAGAGGCAUUGUAGUCAUGGGACCUCAGAGCUCUGGUGGCCCAGCAGACCUGUAAUUGGACUUCAUCUUAGCCCUCCAUUCCUGGGGCGGGAGGGUGGUGUACACCCCUCAUGGCUGUCUCGUAGCACAAAGUCUCCCAUGGGUGUGGUUCCCGGGACAGAAGAACUACAAGGUCAGGCAAACCCUGGGUCAGUGUCUUGUACAGGAAGGAGAAGGGUCGGGUCCACCCUUUCCCACCACCCUCCUCACAGAUCUGCUGGGGAGGCUGAGGGAGAGCCCUGUCAAGUUCCUGGUACGUGGUGCAGCCCAUCCCCCUCAUUCCUGCCUCCUCUGUGCCAGUGGCAACCCGUGCAUAGCUGGGCAGGGAAGUCCAGGGCUCACCCCUGUGUCCCUCCCCCCAUACCGUUCUGGUGGUGCUGUGGGCCAGGAGACCAGCCAGGCUGACAGGCCGUCCUCAUUUGGGAUGUGGGACUUCUAGUUUGAAAGUGGGGUAAGUCCCUGUCAAGCCGGGACGAGUGGGUCCACAUAUGGCACAAGGACAUGGCCGGUGGCCCUCCUUCAUCUUGGCACCCGAUGCUCACGGAUAUAAUUGCCCUCUCUGGCAUGUCGUGAGUGGGACUUCUGUGAAAUGCAAAAGGUGGGGCGUGGGUGCUACACUGAUGCUUCUGGGGUUAGCGCAUCCAAAAGGCAUGGGAUUUCCUGACUGCUCCCAGCACAGUUUUGCGGCCCUAUGGUGGGGAGCCCAUAGGUGCAUGGGGCACCUUGUUAGGGUUCCCUGGUAACCUUGGAGAGAUGAACACUGUGCUUUAGCGUGAGCUCAACAUGUAUCUGAGCAAAUUCAUUAGCUUUCCUCCCACUGACCACUCCUUCCCCCUUUCUUCCCUGUCCUUCCAGCCUAUAGGCUGAAAGUCUCCCAGUCUGGGUCUCUUGCUUUUCCAGCACUUUCCAUAACCAGUCUGUGACCCGUGGAAUCUUGCCCGAUGGUCCCAGUACCAUGAUAUGUUUGUUUUUGCCUGUUUUCUCACAUUCAACCAGAACCUGCUAGAGGUCUACCAGUUUGUGGUGCUCCUCCCUGAGGUUGUCUAAGAGCUCUUGCGGGGCUUCUGCAGGCCCCAUACUAUGGCCUCCCCCCAGACUAUGCCCAGCAGUUAAGUAAUUUUCCCAGGAUCCCAUCUGAGACUGGAGAUGAGAUUCAGCCCCAGACAGUGUGGUCCAGAUGCCUAACUAUAUCCCCUCUCAGCUGACACCCCAACCCAUCACCUUGGGCCAGUCUGUGUCUGUCACAAACCCUGUGGGUCACCCUAGCACACUGGUCACUGAUGGCAAAGUACAAUUAAAAACAAAAUCUUCUCCCAACCCAGAAAACCUCUCCAUGGAGGUAGACAAGAAAGAAAGCACGUUUAUUCUUAAAGGAACAGCAAAUAGAGUGUGAUGCACAUUCCAAGCGCUUUGCCCAGAGAUUUGCAAAGACAGAAAGAAAUCUCACCCCUUUACUAGCCAAGCCACUACAAUCCAUCCUGCACGUGUCCUCAGGAUAAUAGCGGUCACUUCUCCAAUAAGAGGACUUGACAGUGCCAUCUGUUACCCACUGGUCACCCUAAAUCCACCUUGCCAUCAGGGUAGCCCUCUGUGUUUGUUGAGCUGGUUUGUUUUCACUUUUGUUUUUGUUGUUAGUUUCAGAGGCAGAGUUCAGUGACUCGUCAGUUGCAUAUCACACCCAGUGCUCACCACAUCGCGUGCCACCCUUAAUGCCCGACACCCGGUUACCCCAUCCCAGCAAUCUUCAGUUUGUUCCCUAGAGUUAACAGCAUCUCUUAAGGUUUAAUCUUCUUCUCAAGUUUCAUCUUUUUUUUUUUUAUACAAAGGAGAAUGAAAUUUUCUCGUCUUUAUGCCAGGGUGGCUGUGGGGUGUGGAGGCAGGCACCCCUGAAGUCCAGCCCCUGGCCUCCCACAGGACCUGGGAGAUGGGGUUCUAAUUUCCUUGAAUGUUUGCAUUCCAAAGAGAUGGUCCCCAGGCCUUUCAGAGAGACAUCCCUGGGUCAGAAAGCUGGCAAAAGUCUCUUGUCACCUCCUGCAUGUCCCAGAGACCUCCGUCGUCAAAGCAACAUCUGAGCAGGCCCUCCCAGCCUCUAAACACUCCCAUACACCACCCCCCAGUCCCUCCAGAGAGGUGGCAAAGUCUUUGCCCUUGAGCUCAAGGCCCACAUGGACAUGGCCCCAAGCCACCUUCUGUCCUUCCUCAUUUCCCCUCUGAGCACCUACAGGGCUGGCCACUCCCUUCAUCUGUCCUGAUGCUGCCACGGGGCUGGGAUCCCCAGGCUGCUUCUGCCUAGUAGAAUCCUGUGCCCACCCGAGUGCCUCCAGCCCCCAGCUCCCUCCCACAGGAUAUGUGUGUUCCUGCUGGACUUGUGGUGCAUUUAUUUCUCACCUCCCGAGUUUUGGACUCAGACCUGGGUUUGAAUCCUGACUCUAGCAUUUCUCCUAGAUGAGGCCUGGACAAGGCCCUCCUCUUUCUGGAGCCUCUGUCUCACCAUCUACAGAAUGGGGUAUUCUGCGCAAUCUGAAGGCCCUGCAGGCAUCUGGAAAUCUCCAGAAAGUCAGUGCUGCAAAUCCACUCACUGUUACGAAGCCGUGACCCAUGACCUCUGUCCAGGAUGGAGCCCACAGCUACAGGACGGACGGAGAAGAGUUUCAGCUAUGUGGUCAGGGCACCCAGCAGUGAUGGGUUUGACGUAAUGAAUGUGGAUGUGAAGAUCGACACGUGCUGGGUAUUUCAGGACGUGGAGGACAGCGGUGAAGAGCAGGACUGUCCUGUGGACGAAGCUGCUGGAAGCCCCGACGUGGACACAGGCACACUCAGGAAGCAGCUGGAAUCCUCUGAGCAGAAGCUGUUGGCCACUGUGGACCAGUACAUGAUGUCUGAGUCCGAGCUAAGGAGCAGGAUCCAGGAGCUGGAGCUCUCUGAAAGACACCUUCUCCGGACAGUGGAGCAGCUGGGUGCCCGUGUGACACAGGAAAGGAGCGCCACUGUGCGAGCCCAGGAGACGCUGCAAGCCCUGCGGCGGGAGCUGGCCAGCCAGGUUCUGGAAAAGGAGCGUGCAGCUCGGCGGCAGCGGUGGCAGCUCCAGCGGCUGCGGGAGCGGCUGCGGCGCAAGGACGAGGCGCUGGGGCGGCAGGCGGCGGCUCUGGAGCGCUGCCGGCAGACCCAGCGGCUCCAGCUGGGCCUGGUGCGCGAGCAGGAGCGCGGCCUGCGGGAGCAGGUGCAGCGGCUGGAGCGGGACGUGCGGCACCUGUGUCGCGCGGCUGGCCUCUUGCUGGCUGAGCUGGAUGUCCCCGCCCCAGGCAGCCCCGGCAGACUCGGCCCGGCCUGCCCCCGGGGUGACCCCGGAGAGGCCGCGGAGCUGCGCGCUCUGCAGGCGCGGGCGGAGCGCGGGGAGCGCGAGCGGGAAGAGGCGGCGCGCCGGCUUCGGGAGCAGCGCGCCACGGAGCGCCGGCUGCGCGUGCAGCUGGAGGAUCUGCGCUGUUACAUCUAUGAGCUCAAGCUGUCGGAGAUCGGCCUGCAGGGCCAGGUGGAGGACCUCGCGCAGCAAAACCAGAGCCUGCGAGAGGCCCUGGCGGCCCAGGCCCCAGGGGAGAGCGCGCGCAGCAACGUAGCUGCUGGCCACUGCAGCCCGGACACUCUGAGCCGGAUUCAGGAUGAACCCCCAUCCCUGCCGAGGGAGGACACACAGGAUGCCGGUAGAAGACAAGGGCUGCAAGCCACUGUCUGCUCUGCCGGUGGCCCUGGACUGGGAGGUUCCGCAGGCCAGUCCUCUGAGGGCCGCUGCUCCUGGGAUUGUGUCGGGGCUGGACCAGACCCCUCUGUUUUGGAGACAAUGCAUGAGACCCUGGAAGACGUCACAGGAUCUGACGGUGGACCGCCAACUCCAGCUGAGCCCAACUUGGAUGAACAGACUCUCCUUCUCAUCUGUGGCUGCCCCCCCAGGCAGUGCAGGGACAGCUCACUCCUCCCUGUGGAGCUGGCCUGGAUUUCAGAGCAAAGACUAGCAACCACCCAGGCCCAGGGGUCCUUUCUCCUGGUGCAGACAUCCCCACUCCCUCCCUGGGGACCAGCCAGGAACCCCUGUUCCCUGCUGCCACCACUGCUACUCCAGGAGGCUUCUCCACAAGACUCCCAAAUGCAACAGGUGCUGGAUGCCUGGUCAUUGCCUGCUCCCAGGGCCAUUGGACAGCCCUGUUGGAAUCACCACUGGGCAAAGAGCCCUGAAGCCUCCCUUUGCCAGGAGUGCCCACAGACUUCAAGUCAUCGAUUUCCCAGGAGAGGGCCCAGAGAUCUGGAAGACACUUGGAAGGAGGGAGGAGGACCAGAGUGGAGAACAGAGGAGGAGGGGGAGAGGAGGGCUUGGCACAGGAGGGGGCGGGAGGGAGGACCUUUAUCAGACGUAGAGGAAGAGCACCCCACAGCCAGGGUCCAAGGCGCCCCGAAGCCAUCUCCAGCAGGUGCUCAGGUCCUUGCAGGGCAGGGCGAGGAGGAAACUCUUGUGUGGUCUGGAAAGGCUCUGUGUCUGCGAGAGGAAAGCCCUGGAUACGAAGGGCAAGAAGAGAAGGAGGAGGAGGCAGUGCCUCUAGAAGGGUCCAGUCUGGGCUACGAGGACAGCCCAGAGGAACCUGGCCCCAUGGAAUGUGCAGGCCAGGGUACCCUCUUCUCAGUGGCAGAAGAAGGACUGUCUCCCAGAUUGGGAGACCCAAUCUUUCCACCCAAGGGGACUGAAUGCACCCGUAACUCAUGGGCUUCAAGCGAAGGACCUGGCAGUUCUGAGCUCAGACUAGACAAAUUUGAAAAAGAGAUGGAGGCUUGUUUCCAGCAACUUUCCAUCCUGGAGCUUGGAGGAGAGCUGCGGUGGCCACAAGCCUCCAUGCUGGCGGGAGAGAGCACGAACUUUGCUUGGAAAUGGCCCAGCUGCCAGGGAAAGCCUUCCUCCCAGCAGGCUUUGGGAAACCAGGGCUUGGAUGUUUGUUUGGCCAGGGAAGUCAAACCCGGGGAGGCUAGUGAAGAGGUUAGACCAGAAGAGACUGAGGCCUUGGGAACCAGCGCGGUUCUUCCUGAGAUGGUGCCUGAUUUGGAUGACGUGAGGCUGGGCCCAGAAUGGCCCUCUGAGCGAGGUUGGAACUGGCCUCCAAGAGCCCUUGAAAGGCAGAAGAGAAGGUUCCACCAGCUCAUUGCUGGACUGAAAAGAGAGAGAAGCCAGGUAUUACAUGACAAUGCUGAGCUUUGGGGCGACCGAGAGAGAUUCCGAAGAAAAGUGAGUGUUCUGGAAAAAGAGAGGGACAGAAAUGGGACAAAGAUCGCCACACUUGAACGGGAAAAGAGCAUGCUGCUAGGGGACAUCUCGCACUUAAAGGGGGAACUGGACCAAUGUUGGCAGGUCAUUUCUGACCUUGAGGACUGCAAUGGGAAAAGUUACGGCAAAAUUUCUGAGCUUGAAGAGGAGAAUGAGAAGCUGAAAAGGCACACGACCCAGCUGCAGAAAGCCCUGUGGGAGAGCCUCAGAAAAUCCAAAGGUGUGAUGGAGCGCGUCACCCUGGGAAACCAGGAGCUCAAGGUGCUGAUCUCAGAGCUCGGGGUUGGUUACAAAGAGCUGAUGAAGAGCAUAGUGCUGGGGAUAGAAGACACGGUGCGGGCCUUCAGCGGGGAGAAUGCUCACCUUCUACACAGAAUCCGUGUCCUGGAGACGGAAGUCGCUUUGGGGGAGAGCACAGCUGUGCGGCGCGUAGUGAGAGGAGAGGAGGGUCCGUGGGGGGAAAGUAAGAUGCGGGGGGACAAGGGGACCGCUGUGGAAAAGGGGGUGCAGGUGACUCAGCUCUCAGGGCAACUGACUGCAGGAGCUCAUGGGCCACCCAUGGAGGAGAAAUCGGGUGCAGGUGGCAGGUGUAUGGGGCCUUCCUUAGGCAUGGAGAAUUCCAGAUACAAUGCCAAUUCCACUCUGUCCUUGGUCUGGGGAAGUGCUGAGGUGUCCAGUAUCCCGCAAGGACACAUCCAUGGAGCAGGAGUAAAAGAAACAUAUUCGGAAGAGGAGAAGGAAAGACCAUGGUGUUGUGCGGACCCAGUGCAAGCUCUGACGGCCCUCAACAAUGGCCCUCAGCUGCGGGACCCAGAGGCAGACCCCCCGAAAGAGGACCUGAGGGUUCGUGUGGGGCAGCUCCAGCACCGGGUGUUGACCCUACAGUGCCAACUCAGAGACCAGACAUCCGCCCACCGCCAGCUACAGGAGGCACUUGGGGAAGCCGCCCGCCUCCGGGAGCAGCUCCAGGGCCAGCUUGAUGAGCUUCAGAAAAAGCAACACGAGGCCAAUUUCGCUGUGGCUCCUUUAAAGGCCAAGCUGGCUUCCCUGGUCCAGAAGUGCCGGGAGAGGAACCACCUGAUCACGCACCUGCUUCGGGAGCUGCGCAGACACGGGCUGGAGGACCAGCUGCUCUCUGAGAUGGCACAGACCAUGGUGGACGACGUGGCACUGGCCGAGUAUGCAGCCACCUUCCCGGCUUCGGGGCUCCCUGAGACCAGCCACCAACUGGUUGUUGAGCCCGAGAAGGCAGCUGCUGUAAGAGCUCAGAAAUACCACCUGAAUCCCCAAAUGGACAGUGUCCUCAUCCAAAGACCUCUGCAUUCAGAGCCCUGGCCUGUUCCCAAGGCUGAGUGGCCAGCACAGACGGCUCGACUGCAUUCUCUGAAGCUGCCCCUGCCCUCAGGGUGGAUGCCUGCUCCUGGAGUGUGCCCGGCUGCAGACCCUGCCGAGCCAGCGCUCCCCUCACAGUGCCUGAAAGAAGACGGCGGACCCUCCUGUCCCGUCCCCCAAGCCGAUGGCCUCCCGCCACCCUCUGAGCUCCUGAGUCCUGCGAGGAUCCUGGCUUUCCACAAAGAGCUUCGGCAAAGCAUUUGCAGCAAUUCCCAGGUCCAUAAAUCACCUCUGGAGUUAUAAAUUUAAUAGAACCACUCACGCUCUGGGGCCAUUUCAUAGACUCCAUAAAUAUUUGAAGCCGAACCUUCAGACACUGCUUUAAGAAAUUGGUAGCAAUCAAAACCCUCAUUCAGUGGCAAGUGGUUUUGCCUUUGGCCUGCGGGGGGGGGUCUGUUGGUUGUCAGAGCUUGGAGAAAUACUGGACUGUGCUCGCACAUUCUGAGGGCUCCGGCUUGGGCUAAUGUUAAGGCAACAAAGAGAAUAUUUACUGUACCCAAACCUAUUGAAUGAUGGGUCCGAUGGUUCUCCACUGGGCAUGAUUUUCCCCAAAGAGGGAAAAAUUUGGCAACGUCCAGAGACAUUUUUUUUUUAAAAGAUUUAU